GAUAAAACAAUCUUGAGAGCUAAUUAUGUUGUCCGGGUUGAGGUACUUUUCAAUUGUUUCAAUGCUUCUGCAACUGAAUUCGAUUCCUUUUCGUAAAGCUCUGCGACAAACUAAUGGCGAUAAAGCCUUAAGUUAUUGGGAAAGUCUUAGAGUAGUUCCUGACGUUAUCGAUGCUGCUCCUUCAGAAAGCAUUACUAUUGAGUAUGACGGUGGACUGGCUGUUGUUGAAGGAAACGAAUUAACUCCUACCCAAGUACAGAACGAACCUGUCAAAAUUCAAUGGUCAUUUCAACCAGGAGAUCUGUUUACCUUCUGCCUUACUGAUCCUGAUGCUCCUUCAAGAGAAGUCCCAUUGUUAAGGGAAUUUCAACAUUGGCUAAUUGUGAAUGUUCCUGGCAACGACAUAAAGAAAGGAGAGGCUCUGACCACUUACCUAGGAUCUCAACCUCCAUUGUUAUCUGGUUUACAUCGCUACACAUUUUUGGUGUACAAGCAGUCACAGUAUCUUACAUGUGACGAGAACCGCUUGCCCAAUAAAACACUGAAAGGGCGUGGAAAGUUUUCCAUCCGAAAGUUCGCCGAAAAAUAUAAUCUGGGUCAACCAGUUGCCGGAAACGUCUUCCAAGCUAGAUGGGAUGGCCUUGUGACGCAGCUCCAUCAGAAACUUGAAAAACUUAAAGAUUAAUUUUAAAAACUCGGCAGCUGUAAUAAAUAAACUUAAGGUUAACUGAAAACUUA